AUGGGGGAGAAGCGCUCAGCAGCGGCAGCAGCAGCAGCAGCAGAUGCUGGCGCAGCCACCGAGCGGCCGGCAGCAGCACCCGCGGCAGCAGCAGCAGCUGCAGCAUUGUGCGGCGCAAGUACUUCCGCAGCAACAGCUUCAGAAACAACGACAACAGCAGCAGCAGCAGCAACAGCUGCAGAGGCAACUGCAGCAGCCGCAGCAAUAAGAGGGCCAGAGGAUGGGUCGCUGCCACUCGCGGCUGCUCUCCCAAGCCUUCGUAGUUUUGGUUUGAAAGUUUUUUCAGCAGCAAGGGCCGCAACAGCAGCCCGCGCUGCUGCAGCAGCAGCAGGAGCAGGUGCAGCAAAAAAAUCAAAAGGCGUUCCUUGCGUUGGGGCCUCCUUUGCUGCUGGCUUGUGGGCCCCUCAAUUCCCUUUUGUUUGUCUCUUCUAUUACUCUGGCCGCUGCUGGACACGCCUCGGUACCCAGGUAUACCUCAAGCACUCAAAUAGCAGCAGCAGCAGCAGCAGCAGCAGUAAUGGUGACAGCAGCAGCAGCACUAGCCGACGCAGGAGAAGCAGCGGCAGCAGCAGCGGCAGCCCUGAGAUCCAGGACACAAAAAAGAAUGAUGCUUCACCUGCAGCAGCAGCAGCAAGUAGUUCGGCUGCAGCAGGCUCUAACGUUAUUCUGCUGUAUCCUUGGGAUUUUGCUGCUGCAGUGGAGUGCUGCUCGCUGUUGCUGCUGCAAGCAGAGACAGGACUGCCCCUAAACCCGCUGCUGCUGCUGCAGCGGCAGCAGCAAAAUUGCAAGCACCCUUGUGAUAAAGUCUGCAGCUCCGUAGGCCCCCACCGAAGCCUUGGGGUGUACGUACAUCUGAAGAAGUUGGGGUGUAGGAUACGGUCUGCCUCCGGUGCUGCUGCUGCUGCUGCUUCUGCUGCUGCCCUUUCCGUGUCUCCCAGCCUGCUGAAAAUGAUGGAGACUGCACCAGCUGUUGCUGCUGCUGCUGCUGCAGUGCUGGAGAGGCAGCCCGGCGCAACUGCAGCUGCCGCCGCUACCGCUGCUGCAGAUACUCGUUGCUGCUGCCGCUGCUGCGCUGCUGUAAAGAGGCUGCCGUGGGUUGUGGUGCAGCAGCGGCAGCAACAGAAAAUCUCUAGCCAGCUGCGGGCAGGUAGCGGCAGCAGCAGCAGCAGCAGCAGCAGCAGCAGCAACAGCGAGGACGAGACCUGGCUGCCGCCAAGGAAGUAUCGCCGAAUGCUUCAUGCUAGUACCAGCAACAGCAGCAGAUGCAGCAGCAGCAGCAAGGGCAGCAGCAGUUUGCCUCUCUUCCUCUGGUCUGCAGAUUGCUGCGCCGCGGAGGCGGCCCUGGCGCUCCCUCUGGAGCUGCCCUCAGCAGCAAAAGCAACAACAGCAGCAGCAGCGGAAACAGCAACAACAACAGACGCAGCAGCAGAAGCAGGGGGACAUUCACACCCCACACUUGGGAGGCCGCUGCGCUUAGUACCGUGCAGCAAGUCAAAAACUCCAGCAGCAGCAGCAGCAGCACCAGCGGGAGAGCUGCUGCUGGCGGUGGAAUGUGGCGGCAGCUGCAGUUUGCUGCACUGCACCGGCAGCUUCCUUCUUGACUCAAAACCCUAA